UUCUACUCUAAACUUAACUGAGUCCUCUUCCGUGUUUACUGUGGACACUUCCUCACACACACACACCAACAGGAAAAAAAAUCAAUAUUGAAAAGUUUCCUGUUGACGCCGCAUCAUGAUGAGACGCUGUGGGCUGCUCACUUACAACAGAGAGCCAGUUCCUUUAAAGGGCAUUGAAGUAGAGCUGGAGGUGAAGGACCACGUAGCCACAGUAGUGUCCACUCUGCACUAUGAGAACAAGGAGGACAAAGCCAUAGAAGCUGUUUUUGUCUUCCCUCUGCCCGGAGAUGCUGCUGUCUGCCAUUUCAGCGCUAAGGUCGGACAGACUGAGAUUGUGGCCGAGGUGAAGGAGAAACUGGCGGCCCGCGAGGAGUACGACGACGCCUUGAGCUCAGGGCAGCAGGCCUUCCUCCUGGAGGAGAGUGAGCAAAGCCCGGAUAUCUUCUCUCUCAGUGUGGGCAGUCUUCCUCCAGGAGAGAGCGCCUCCAUCAGGCUGGAGUAUAUCAUUGAGCUGGCUGUUCAGGCGGAUGAUGCGCUGAGGUUUUGUUUGCCUGCGGUGCUCAACCCUCGCUACCAACCUCACGGGAGUGAAGGUGGCGGCGUCCAGGUGACCUCUGUCCCCGCCUCUCAAGUGCCCUACAGUCUGUCUUUCUCUGCUCGGGUGUCCUCUCCUCGUCAGGUCUCCAAAAUCGACUCCAACUGUUCCUUGGAGCCUCUGCAGUACCUCAACGCUGAGCAAAGCCAGGCUGUGGUGAAACUGGCUGCAGGUCACAAGUUUGACAGGGAUGUUGAGUUGCUGAUUUACUACCAGGACGCCCACCAGCCGGCUGCUGUGGUGGAGGCAGGUCAGGCGUCUGCCAAGCCUGGUACACUGAUGGGAGAUGCGGUCGUGAUGCUGAGUGUGUACCCUGAGUUCCCUCAGGCUGUGAUGUCUUCACUGGCCUCAAGUGGAGAAUUUGUGUUCUUACUGGAUCGAUCUGGAAGUAUGGGUUGUCCCAUCAACAACACCAAGAAGAGUGAGACUUGCAUCAGCAGUGCCAGGGAUACUCUUCUGCUGCUUCUGAAGAGCUUACCAAUGGGCUGCUACUUCAACAUCUACAGUUUCGGAUCUAGCUUUGAACACAUCUUCCCUACAAGUGUGGAAUACAGUGAGAAGACCAUGGAAGAGGCUCUGAAGAAAGUUAAUGAGUUUCAAGCUAACCUGGGAGGAACAGAGAUCCUUCAGCCGCUCAAACACAUUUACAACCAACCCUGCAUUCCCAGUCAACCAAGACAAGUUUUUGUGUUCACUGAUGGCGGGGUUGGAAACACCAAAGACGUUUUGAACCUGGUGAAGAAGAAUUCCACUUCCCACAGGUGUUUCUCUUUUGGGAUGGGCGAAGGGGCCAGCACUGCUCUCAUCGAUGGAUUGGCUAAGGAGGGAGGAGGUCAUGCUCAGUUCAUCACAGGAGCUGACAGAAUGCAAGCAAAAGUGAUGCAAUCGCUGCAAUUUGCUUUGCAACCAGCAGUGGCGGACAUUUUGGUCAAGUGGGAUCUGCCAAAGGGAGUGUCUGUCACUGUCUUGUCUCCACCUCUCACAUCAAUUUUCCAGGGUCAAAGGUCCCUCAUUUAUGUUCAGCUCACUGGACAGAGUUCCGAGGCAACAGAUGGCUGUGUAACUGUCGAGUACAGCCUAGCAGGUCAUCCGUACCAGAACCAGCUCCGCUUCGUUCUAAAACCCACAGAGGAAACAGGAUUAACCAUCCAUAGACUGUGUGCUCGGACUUUGAUUCGCUGCUUGGAGACAAAGGAGAGCAAACGCGGCACACAGCAGGAUGAGACAGUGAAGGUCCAGGUGGUGGACGUCAGCGUCCAAUCAGGAGUGAGCAGCUCCUUCACCGCCUUUGUUGCAAUCAACAAAGCAAGCAAAGAAGCAAGCAAAGAAGCCGUUCAAGGACCUCUGCUGCUCAGAAAUAUUCCAACACCUUCAAAUAACUUCAAAUGUUGUCACAGACUGUUAAAGAUAGAUGCAGGCCGAUUUGAAGAAAGUACAGGUAUGAUGGAUAAGCUGACGUGUUCUGUUUCUUCUUGUGAUUAUUCCACGCCGAGGUCAAUGGAAAAUGCAGGCCAAAAAUUUGAAGGAGGUAUUUUUCAUUCACUUAAACGCUUGAUGCAACGCUCUAAGAAGAAAUCUGCACCAAGCAUGAGGAAUUCUGCGGAUUCUUCCAGCCCGUCGCCUACAGACCCUUUGCUGCAGUUGGUUUCCCUCCAGAAGGCGUUGGGCAGCUGGGAGCUCAACCCCACUCUGGCUGCUGUGCUAGGAAAGACCAGCAAGGAGCUGGAGAAGCUGAAACCUGCUUCAGCGAAUGAGAACGUGUGGGCCACCAUUCUUGCUCUGGUCUGGCUUCAUGGCUUCAAAUCGGAUGCUGAGGUCGAAUGGAAGCUUCUGGCUAGGAAGGCUGCAUCAUGGCUCCUUUCUCUGAAUGCACCUUCUGUGACAGACUGUGUUGUGGCUGCAAACACUCUGUUGGGCUGCAACGUACAUAAAGAUACACUGGGCCUGUGAGGUGCCCAAUACAAAGAAACGUUGUCACCAUUGCACUAUUUUCAUCCAAUCUGGUUCUCUCGUCAGCAUUCCUCUUCGAUAAGUUGCUCAUGGAUCAAUGUCAUGUUUUCUUACACAGAUCAAUUAAAAAUUGGCAAACCUGAAACCUGUAGAACCAUAAACAUUGUAGGGAGUGCAUACAGCUACACAAAGGCCAUACACACAACUGAUUUUUUUGUCUUGUGGGAUUUUAUGCUAACACUAUGAUUCUAAAUCCAGUCCCUUUAGUAUUCUAGCAUUUCAUUCUCAAAUAAUUACUAACCAUCACAAUAAAAAUUUCAAGUGGAA